AUGUCACAGGAAAAAUCAUUACCACCACGUGACGAAGAUUACUUGCCUCGCCGAGAUGAGCAAUGGUCUUCAUUAAGAGGACCUCCAUUCUCACAGAGAGAUUCUAGAGUGCGUCAUUCUGAUCUGGACCCUUAUCCUGAUAAACCUAAGAUGGUUGAUAAGAAUGCAGAUCCACCAAGUGAGGUCCUAUGGAUUGGGUUUCCGGCUUUGUUGAAGGUAGAUGAAGUGAUUUUAAGGAAAGCUUUUCACCAUUUGGUGAAAUUGAGAAGAUUACCACCUUUCCAGGUCGUAGUUAUGCUUUUGUUCGUUUCAAAAACAUGGCGAGUCUGGCUCAUCCAACAUUGGAAGGAACUCUAUGAAUGCCCCUUCCUCCCCCGCUUGAAGUCAUAUGGCCGGACAGGAUCGUCUGAGAUCUUCCUCCAUGAAAGAGAUUUUGGUAGUUUCAGUGGAGAUUCCACCAUGAGAUCUCCACCUUAUAUAUCAAGUCUGGAACCUGAGGAUCCUGAUAUACUGGCUUUCAGCCAUAAGGGAAAUUUAUUUGAACAGAGAAGAUUCCAAGAGCCAGAUGCUGAACUAGGGUUACCAGAAAGCAUGUACAGACGUGUUUCUUCAAGAGACAGAGAUGCUCAUUUCCGUGAUUUCUCUCCUGAGUUUCCUAGAAAAGAUUCAUCCUAUGAUGAUUCUUGGGACUUGCCUGAAGAUGUCUUGCUCUUUCAUGGAGCAAAGAAAAUAAAAACUGGCUAUUUUCCUCCAGAUAACGAGCUCCCAGAAUAUCCUCUCUCAGGUUCAGACCAGGCAAGACAUCCUUUCCCAAAAACGUUCCAUGAUAUUCCUCCAACUGAGGUCCUCGAUAAAAAUUUUGAAUCGAGACCUUUUGGGUAUAAACAAAUCCCUGACCAUGCUUUAUCUCAACCAUAUGGGGAAAGGAUUGAACGCCGGAAUCCAUCUUAUGAUAGCUUUCAGGGUCAUUCUGGUUCAUUGCCUUCACUUCCUGUUGAGCGGAGAAGACCAACUCCUGAAUCCCAUCAGCCUUCUUUAACUGGAGAGUGGAAAUGGGAAGGGACUAUAGCAAAAGGAGGAACUUCCAUCUGUCGAGCCCGCUGCUUUCCUGUUGGAAAAGUACUGGACAUGACGUUGCCUGAAUUCUUAGAUUGCACGGCAAGGACCAGCUUAGACAUGCUUGCAAAGCAUUACUACCAAGCAGCUAGUGCAUGGGUAGUUUUCUUUGUUCCAGAAAGUGAUGCUGAUAUUGGAUACUAUAAUGAGUUCAUGCAUUAUCUUGAGGAGAAGCAGCGAGCAGCAGUGGCUAAAUUGGAUGAUAAAACCACCCUGUUUCUUGUACCCCCUUCAGAAUUCUCAGAGAAAGUGCUUAAGGUGCCGGGUAAAUUGAGCAUUUCUGGUGUUGUUUUGAGGUUAGAGCAUACUGGUUCCAACUUGGAGUCUGCUCUUCAACAACCACAAGCAGAUAUGCCCUACACAAAAUCAACGUCACCUUCAGGACCUUUUCCACCAGUUCUGGCAUUUUCUAAUACGGGAAAAUCUGGAGUUUCACCUGCCUCAAUUUCAGGCUCUCCCCAUGCUCCUGGAAGUAUGUCAGGACCCACUAAUGAAAACAGGAACGAAAUGCUACGUCAUCUAAGCCCUCCAUUUGGGCCAAACUGGUCACCUCACCAUCCACAAAAUUCAAAUCUUGGUGCUAGAAAUAUUGUGUCACAAGCAUCAUAUAAGGCAGACGAUUCUGCUACAAGGGAUAUAACACAGUCGUGCCCAGAGCUGUGCAGGAAACUAGUUCAAGUCGUUACAGCACUGGAAUUUCAGUCAGGGAGUGCGGGGGGUGUUCCUGGCUUAUCUACAGCAGAAGAGUUUAGGCCAUCCAAUGCCAUGAAUUAUUCUGAAAACUCAUUAAGGGCACCUCAGAAAUAUCCCGAGGCUUCUUCAUCUCAGUUCGGGCUUGGGCAGCCAGCGUCGAGCCUGCCUGUGUUGCCUCAACAGAUGCCAACUUCUGUCAUGCAAGAGGAAGAUGCAGAUCCCCAGAAACGCCUUCAGGCCACGUUGCAGCUGGCUGCUGCUCUUCUUCAGCAAAUCCAACAAGGGAAAGGGAGUUGA